UUCAGCGUGUCAACAUUAGAGAAAUGAACAGCAGACAGGUCUAAACGCGCUAACUACCGCGUGUGUCAGCGGCCUCUUUAGGUGAACACCUCGAGGAGCAGCGCAGACGGCCGGCUGGUGAGGAAAUUUAUCUUUAAAAAAGAACCGUAAUUAGCAGCAGCAGCGGCGGCAGCAGGAGGAGGAGGAAUAGGAGGAGUCCUAAAUCUGAUAUGCUGAUAGAGGAGUAUCAACCCCACUGAUGGAAACCCAGAGUAAGAGCUCUGGGGACGAUGGCAGCGGCGGCGAGCGAGGACUGCUCCACUCUUGGAAGGGCUACUCUUACAGCGUCACCCCAGAGAGGCUGCUCCUCCCCCGGCCGGUCCUCCAGGUUGCUCUGGGUUCGCAGCAUGGCGUUCUCCUGGUGGAAGGGGGACAGGUGUACAGCUUCGGCGAGUUGCCGUGGAAGCAGAGUCAAGUGCCAGAGCCAACCAAACCGACCCUGGAGAGCGCGCUCAGUGGGCAGCGGGUGGUCACAGUGGCAGCCGGAAGCUUUCACAGCGGGGCAGUGACGGAGGAUGGCGGCAUCCACAUGUGGGGGGAGAACAGUGCGGGACAGUGUGGCUUGUCGGGCCUCAGCACUGUUCCCAACCCGACUCCCGUCGCGCUGCAGGACUUGGACACUGUCACUGUCCCCCCGCAGAUGGCGCCAGUGCUGGAGCUGGCUUGUGGGGAGAAGCACACCCUGGCUCUGUCGGUGCAGCGUGAGGUGUGGGCGUGGGGCAGCGGUUGCCAGCUGGGCCUCAACGCCGCCGUCUUCCCUGUGUGGAAGCCUCAGAAGGUGGAGCACCUGGCGGGUCGGUAUGUUUUACAGGUGGCCUGCGGGGCAUCUCACAGCCUCGCUCUGGUGCGCUGCCUGGGGUCUUACGAUGGCCACCGGCCUCAUGUGGACAAAUGUGGGAGGUGUAACGAACUGCUCUACACCAUGACAGACAAAGAGGACCACGUCAUCAUCUCUGACAGCCACUACUGCCCGCUUGGCGUGGAGCUGACCGAGGAUGACGGCAAGCUGGAGGCUCCCACUCCCACCACAGGUCUCAAAACAUCCCCAUCAGAGCCUGUCCUCCCUUCCUACACCUCAAAGUCAGAGUCCCUGGCAGCGACUACAGAUGCUGACCCCACCUCUGACCCCUCCCAACCUCAGGCCUCUGAGGAAGGGAAAGCAUCUUUGGUUAAUGGGGUGCUCCAGGCCUCAGACUCAGACACCUCGGCUCUAUCUGGAGGUGAGAGUGAUGCUGUUGCCGGGGCCAAGAGCUCACCGUAUCCAGACGAGCAAGCCGUGAAGGACUACCUGAAGAAGCUGUCCGACAACACGCAGACGGACACAAAGGCGAGCGGAGGGCUGAACGCUCUGCUGCCCUCACCUGGAGGACUGAUCUCCUCCACGCCCACCUCGGCACUCAACAACCUGGUUGCCUCCUGCGCCUCUGCAGUGGGCGAGCGGGUGGCCUCCACCUACGAGGCCCUGUCCCUGAAAAAGAUGAUGAACUUCUACCUCCCCUCAGGGGCCUCGCGGUCAGGAGGAUCCCCUGGAGUGGUCGAUAACUCUGCUGAGCGUGUCCGCCAGGAGGACUCUAUGCAGGGGAAGAAGAGCUCCAGCACAGGGGACAUCCGUGAAGAGGAGGCAGAGGGUCUGCGGCGCCGCCUAUCACUGCCAGGGCUGCUCUCACAGGUGUCACCGCGACUGCUAAGGAAAGCCGGUCGUCCCAAAAUGCGAGCUGUCGCCCUCACCCCUCUGGGAGGGGCCGUCCCCGAGGACCAUCAGGUGCUGCCCACCCUGCAGACAGAGGUGUGGAGCUGGGGCCAUGGCGAGCACGGGCAGCUGGGACACGGAGACAACCUGGCCAGACUGCAGCCGCUCUGCAUCAAGAGUCUGAACAACAAGGAGGUGGUGCGGGUGGCGGCCGGCGCUCACCAUUCCCUCGCGCUGACGGCUCAGUCUCAGGUGUUUUCAUGGGGCAGUAACAGCUCCGGUCAGCUGGGACACAUGGAGUCACCGAGCACCGUCCCCCGCCUCGCCAAGCUGUCAGAGGGGAUCCGAGUGUGGGACGUGAGCGCGGGAGAGAGGCACACCCUGCUGCUCGCAGAUGGAGACUGCAUCCAGCCCAUCAUUUACUACAGCGGGCAGCAGGUGAAGGAGGGUGAGGAGGAGGGGGGUAAUGAGAAGGCGCUCCAUCAGCAGGGAGGAGGAGAGGAGGAAGAGGAGGAGCAGGCGGGGGGCUACACCCAGCAGCCUGUUUUGCUGCCCUUCUGCAUGAAUCUUGGUUAUGUGAGCAGUGUGUUCGCGGGUGGGCGGCGGUGCGUGGCGCUCUCUGACAGGAAUGUGAUGGGCUUCAUCGCCAGCCUCCACGAGCUCGCGUCAGCUGAGAGGAGGUUUUACUGCAAGCUGUGUAAUGUCAAGUCUCAGAUCUUACGCCCCCUGCUGGAGCUGGAGUCUCUGAGCUCGGCCCUCGGGCAGGUCAUCUUCGGCCUCCUGCAGACGCUGGCGAGCAGGUUUGGCCGGCUGUGUCACCUGACUGGGCAGCACGCCACCAGCCUCACUGCCAACCUGCGGCGUGGUCGUGAGGUCAAAAGCCUUCUCAUCCUGGAGCACACCAGUAUUUUCCUCGACUGUUACCAUGAUUACUGCAGCGCCGUCGGAAACUUCCAGGUGAUGGGAGGCUUCCAGGCUCUGACCAAACCAUCCGUAGACUUGUUUGGGAAAAGUCCGGAGCUGCUCCAGAAGCUGUCAGAGUGCAGCGAGGAGAACCUCACCACGGCCGACCUCCUGGUGGUGCUCUUCUACCUCCCUUCACGCCACCUUCACGAAUACAGCCGGCUGCUGCUCAAACUGGCCACCUGCUUCGAAGUGGUAGGUGGAAGAAACACGAGCAGCAGCGCAUGUGACCUCAAAUGUUCCACUGAGUACCAGAAGCUUCAGGACAGCUGCUCUAAGUUUGAAGCUUCAGUCCUGCAACUGAAGCGAAAAAAGAAAGAGGCCGACUACACCGUUCACUUCUGGAAGAUCUUUCCUGGAAAAAUGACGGACUCUCUGCGGAAGCCUUACCGGCGGCUGAUCUGCGAGAGCAGCAACAAAAGUCUGACCCUACAGAAUGCCGGCAGGUUCUCCGUCAACUGGUUCAUCCUGUUCAACGAUGUUUUGGUCCACGCACAGUUCUCCACCCAUCACAUCUUCCCUUUGGCCACGCUGUGGGUGGAGCCGAUCCCAGAGGAGGACACGGGCCUGUAUGGGUUAAAGGUGAUCACUCCUGAGGAGACGCUCACCCUGCUCGCCUCGUCUCCCAUGGAGAAGGCCAAGUGGCUUCGCUCCAUCAACCAGGCGGUGGACAAGGCCCUGAGCGGAAAGGGACAGGACGCGGCGUCAGGCAGCUCGGUGCAGAAGUUGGAGCCUCCCAUCUCCAGAACGGCUUCGUACACGUUUUAUAAGGAGGGGCGACUGAAGGAUGCGACAUAUGAUGGUCGCUGGCUGUCUGGAAAGCCCAAUGGCAGAGGUGUUUUGAAAUGGCCUGAUGGGAGAAUAUAUACUGGGGCAUUCAAGAAUGGACUAGAAGAUGGCUUUGGUGAGUUUGUGGCCCCCAAUAAGACGCUGAACAAGAACGACCACUAUCAAGGUUACUGGAAGGAUGGCAAGAUGCACGGCCUGGGCACAUACAGGUAUGCCAGCGGUGAAGUUUAUGACGGGUCCUUUCAGGAGGGCGUGCGGCACGGUCACGGCAUGCUGCGCAGUGGCAAGCUGAAUACCUCGUCCCCCAGCGUCUUCAUUGGCCAGUGGCUGCAGGACAAGAAGACCGGCUAUGGAGUGUUUGACGAUAUCACCAAAGGAGAGAAGUACAUGGGCAUGUGGCAGGACCAUCAGCGGCAGGGCACCGGAGUGGUGGUCACCCAGUUUGGCCUGUACUAUGAAGGAGCUUUUAAAGACAACAAGAUGAUGGGCACCGGUGUCCUUCUGUCAGAGGACGACACGACGUACGAGGGCGAAUUCUCAGAUGACUGGACCCUCAGUGGAAAGGGCGUGCUGACCAUGGCCAAUGGUGACUACCUGGAGGGCUCCUUCAAUGGCGAAUGGGGCUCUGGUCUCAAAGUGACGGGCUCCUACUUUAAACCACACCUGUUCGACACCGAGAAGGACAAGACCCAAGCCAUGAAGCUGGGUCGUCUGUGUGUGUGCGCCGAGGAUAAGUGGCAGGCGGUUUUUGAGGAGUGUUGGAGUCAGCUGGGAUGUGAGGCUCCAGGCCAAGGGGAGCCCGAAAAGGCCUGGGAGAACAUUGCUGUGGCCCUCACCACCAGCCGGCGACACAUCCUGGACAGUCCAGAGAUUUUGUCUCGAUCUCACAACAAAACGCUGGAGAGUCUGGAAGUCAUCCCACAGCACGUAGGGCCGAUCACCAUGGAGAGAUACAACGCCAUCCGCCUCUACCUAAUCAAGGCGUGUGACACUCCGCUGCACCCUCUGGGUCGGCUGCUGGAGACCCUGGUGGCGGUCUACAGGAUGACCUACGUGGGUGUCGGCGCCAACCGUCGGCUCCUGCAUCAGGCCGUCAGCGAGAUUAAGUCUUACCUCAACCGCAUCUUCCUGAUUGUCAGAUUUCUAUUCCCAGACCUGCCAGAAGAGGGCGGUCUAAUCCCAGAGCCGACCACCGACCUGCAGGAGAAGAAUGAGCCCGAUUCCACUGAUGCCCCGCCGGAGUCGCCCAAACCUGCCCGCGUGGUGAGCAGCUCGGCUCUGCUGCUUCCUGUCCUUCUGCCCCGUCUCUACCCACCGCUCUUCACCCUCUAUGCCCUGGACAAGGAGAGAGAGGACGACGUGUACUGGGAGUGCGUCCUGCGUCUCAACAAGCAGCCCGACCUCGCCCUGCUCGCCUUCCUGGGCGUCCAGCAAAAGUUUUGGCCCGUUUCCAUCCGGACAUCUUUGCCUGCGCCGGGCGAGAAGCAACAGGUCAUCUCCAGCACCAAAGACGCCUGCUUUGCUUCUGCAGUGGAAACACUACAGCAGAUCAGCACAACUUUCACGCCAUCAGACAAGCUGCAGGUGAUCCAGCUAACUUUUGAGGAGAUCACACAGGAAGUCCAGGCGCUUCUGAACCAGGACUUCCUGUGGUCCAUGGACGACCUCUUCCCCGUCUUCCUCUAUGUGGUACUACGAGCGCGUAUCAGGAACCUCGGUUCUGAGGUCAGUCUGAUCGAAGACCUGAUGGACCUCUGCGUCCAGCACGGAGAACACGGCAUCAUGUUCACCACCCUCAAGGCCUGCUACUACCAGAUCCAGCAUGAGAAGAUCACUUAAGACGAGACCGCUGCUACGUCCUCGGUGACCUUCAUGCUGCUGCUCCUCCACUCCCCUCCUCUCAACUCCAGUAGCCAGGCAUGAGGAUGACUGACAGGGAGGAGGAGGGGUCAUAAGAACAGGUCGUCGAAUGCUGCUUGGACACAUCCCGUCACAGACCCUCCCUCCCUGAAACACUCAUCAUCCACAGGUGAUGAAGGUAGAAAUGUGGCCGUGAUGACAGACACAAGCACAGUCGCACCAUCCAUGUGGGUGGAGUUGGGAAAUAAAGAUGACUGUUGUUAAAUCACCUUCAGCAGGGAGGGAGUGCAAAGUUUGUCUGUGGGAUACCGGACCUCAUUUUUUUUCUCCUUAAAAUUUUUAAUGUUUAAAAAAAAACAGUAAAUCUGGAAACAUGAAUUAUUUUCAGUGAAAGCAACACGAAGAGGAAGUACCUCCAUAAACUGUGGAUUCAUGAACUUUAUAAUCUGAGAUGGAUGCCUACAGUUAGUGGCUGUUAUGCACUGCAGGGGGGAGACGGUCCUGAAGGAAUUUUUUUUUUUUUUUUUUUUUUUUUUUUUUUUUUUUUUUGCAAGUAAAACUGACACUCGUUCAAAGUUUCUUUAGAGAGAAUUUAUCUGGCCGAGCUGACAGCCCCUUUUCAUACUGUAUUUAAAGAAAGAACGUGUUACAGCAUCAGUGAACGGACCCAAAUCUAAACAGUUGCUUAUAAAGAUUUUUUUAUUUCUUCAUUUGAAGCACAAGCUUCGGCCGGAUUGUUGACUUGAAAGCGUACUCACACGUCCUCUGAACACAACCUCAGACUGUUACGUUUAAAAUGCGUAUCCUUCCUCUGGCCUUUAGUGCCUACAUUAUUUUGGUGUCUGUUUUUUGGGGGGGAUAUCAGCUGUAGAGAUGCUCAACUUGUGGUGCUCAAAGCAGCAAAGCAAAUGCGUUUAAAUAUCUUGUAAGUAAGACUGAAAAACCUUUUGUUUCACCUCAUCUCGCCUCGCAUCACUGUCACUCACAGCAGCUGCUGACUUGAUGAGGAUUUAGUCGCUUUUCAUGCCAUUUAGCAGCUUUUUCUCUCUUUUUCCUGCUGCAAGCACAGCGUGCUCCUUCUGAGUGAGCAAGCCGUGAGGUUUCACAGAGCGGCAGCUGGGGCGCACAGUGUGAUAAGCAACACUUUCCCACAGUUCUAAAGCACAAAAAGUGGUAUCUAAUGUAAAAUCAAAAGCGACUUCACCACCACUUUGGAGUCUUUGGCUCAAUUAGAGAAGCAAAUUUGCGAUCAUGUGGGUCUUUACCUCUCUGUGAUCUGAAAAUACCUGAACUCCUUUUCUGACAUAUCAUUAAAAAAGAUGCUGAAAAGACUUUCUGGAAAAAGCUUAAUUUACUUCCUGCUUCUGCUAACACCAGCAUGUUACUGGUUACAGAGCCGUCACUUUAAUCGCCUACACAACAGGUUCUGUUACCAUUAACGAGGCUCCAGAAACGAUGUCUAUUUUUAGAAAUCAUGAUCUGGUUAUUUUUAAAAAAAGGUGGAACUAUUUUCUUUGACCACCUGCAGACCGAACAAGCUAACAUUAGAGCUCAGCCAAGCGGCCGCCGUCCAUGUUUAUAUCCCGUCACAUGAUGCUUCUUUCUGCACAGGGAUCCAUUUCCAGGUGUACUGGGAGCAGUGGUGGUUGGAAGAACAUAGUUCCUGUAGUCUAGAAAUUGAUGAUGAGUUUUCAAGACUUUUCUUAAUGCCUUGAGCACCACAAGGCGUGCAGUGCCACCUGGUUUAUUGUUUUAUGUUCGUAAGAUUAAAGAGAAGACUCAUACCUUCAGAGGAAACAAUAAUAAACAACCAGCACUGCAGGCCAGAGGAAAAAUGUUUGUUUUUUUUGUUUGUUUGUUUUUUUAAGAUGAGCUAUUCAUUAUUCAGUCCACAGAAAUGUCUUUUCAUUGACAGCGUUUUGCAGGAGGUGUCUUUGGUUUGUAUUUCUGAGCCCAGUGUUCACACAGACAGUUUUACCACACAGCAAGGAGGUGGUAGGAGGUGGAAAUUUGGCGCUUUUGGAGAACCUGUGUUGCUCUUUAUUACAGUCUUAUUACACACUAAUAAAAUAACUCUUUGAAUCUUUAAUCUUAGGAGUUGAGGACAAGAUGUGGGGGGGGGGGGGGGGGUUGUUGUUGUUUUUUUUUUUUUAAAUGUUAUUCCCAAAAAAGCUGAAAAUUCCUUCUACUUUUUAGAGAUAAAAGUUUUGUUGUGUUGUUUUGUUUUGUUUUGUUUUUUUUACAGUAUAAUGACCGUUGUGCAAUUCACUUACGUUGUAUUAGUGCUACCUAACAGCUUGUUUCCAUUCUUUCUUGCCACCUGUGAAGCUUUCUCGUUCAUCACUGCUUCAUUUUGAGCAACUAGCCAUCCACUUGCUCACUCUGCGGUUACACUGAGAUAAAAAUCUUUUUAGCUUUAUGCAAAUCAGCAGUGUCUGUAACCUUUACCUAAUGUGAAGACAUAUUUAGCAUCUCCUUUGUUCGUUUCUUGUUUGAAAUGUUUGCAGAAACUCAUUUUGCUGGAUUGUUUGUAGAAAUCGUCCUUUAGCAGCAUGCAGAGACUUUUGACUUGUAUGCUGCAGGAAGCUGCAAAUAUCCUGACAGUGUUUCUAUUAAUCACAUGGAGGCAGGUCACACAGCCAAGGAAGGAAACUAACCACCAGCUAAAGGUCUAAGCCUCACUGAUCUGCAAAAUAAUCAAUGCAAGCGGUCCAAUGUGAAUUCUGAUUUAAUCAAAAGAAGAACAGAAAUGUGCAUUUUGCCUUUUGCGAGUGAUGUCUGAGCCGAGAAGCGGGCAGCUUUAAUGUUGCUGUUAUAGAUAUAAUAGAGUUCAAAGCUCCACACCAUCUGCUAAUGCUGCUCCUUUUUCCCCCCCAACCAUCAGGCACUGUUGCUUACUUGUGAUCUGCGUCACACAUGCCACUUUAAAAAAGGGAUUAAGAGGGGAUUCUUUCUUUUGUUGCUGUUCAUGCCCUGGUCUGAUAGUUUCGACAAUAGAAAAGGCAGUAGAUCAGAGGUGAAGCCGCUGCUCUCGCCCUGCAGGAUAUUCGAAAAUCAAGCAGAAAAUUGUUUGUCAGAGGUUGUAAAAUUUAAACCUGCUCAUGUGAACUUCUUAUACUGUUGAACCUAAACUGAUAUGUGGUGAUGUUGCUGCUUGUAUCUGAGGUAAAGUGUUGUCCCCACACGUGCAGUAAAAAUCAUUUUAUAA